ACUAUGCAAAUUAAUUUGCACUCGGAACCAUUAAACGUCUCGUGGUUGCAGUCGGACUCUCAUUCAAGCGGACGUUGUUGCCACAGGCAGCCGCCUGGCGUUAUUUUAAGAAGCUGAUGUUUUUUUUCGAAUCACUACACGAGGAAAACGUGAACGGUUGAUCAAAUCCGAAUACAACAGAACACCAGGUUCUCAUAAAACUACUUGAUUUCGAUAUUUCAACCAUCAGCGGGUCGUUCAUUGCUACAAAAUCGCGAGCAAAACGCCGAGGUGAAAUGGCAUCACUGCCUCGCUUUGCUUUUGCGCAACUGGUGAAGUCAAGCGUUUGAAGUCCGUGUUCUCCUUUCAUCUAGCCUUCUGCCUCGAGACCAUUUUCUAUCCACAUGAUUAAAACCGAGGCGAAGUUUGGCAUGUCCACCGUCACGAGAGCUCCAUCAGUCAGUCUGUCAGGCCUUCAGCGUGCCUCGCAAUGACGGAGCGCGGUCCUUUAGCCGAGAAGGCGCUGUCGGAGGGCUUCGCGCGGCUGCGCUUCAAGGACACCUCGCUGCUGAUCUGGCAGCAGCAGCAGCUGGAGCUGGAGAGGGCGCCUCCCACCAACUACCUGAGCCGCAGCCAAAGCUCCCGGUACAGCCGCUACGGCAACCAGUCAGUGGUGGUACGGGACAAAACAAGACUCAAAGACACUGACAGCACUGGACAGUCCCGGAUAUGUGCCGUUAUGUGAUCCCAGCAUUAUUUUUGUGACCUUUAUCUCGCUACACAUUUGAGUGUUACGGUCAAGUUUAAAGUAACUGUGAUCUGUCCACAUGUUAUUACUCAGACAGUCGCGUGCUCAUGUUUACACGUGAGUUUCAUAAUGUAUUAUACAGUAUUUAUUUCACAUUUAUACAGUGCAAAGGCAGUAUCGUUGGAGGAACAAUACCUGUUUAUUAUAGUUACAGACAAACGAGCACCAAAACUCAAUUUUACCAAUUAAAAAUCAAAAUUUUAACCCAUAUUAAAAGUGAACACACAGCAUCAUUAUAUAAUUGGAUCCCACAAUUGAACAAACUAUAUAAUCUUUUCAUAGUAUGUUAUCUCUGGUAGAUACAUGAUUGGACAAUACUUUUUUUUCCGUUGCAAAAGAAACCUUUUUAUUACUUAAAGGGUUAGUUCAUUGAAAAAUGAAAAUUGUCAUUAAUAACUCAUCCUCAUGUCGUUCCAAACCCGUAAGACAAUAUAUUUUGGAUUAAGUCCAAGAGCUUUCUGUCC